UCAGUUGUAUCGAAAAUGUCCGUUGAAGACUCUUGGGUUUUUGAUUCGUUGGUGUGCUUUUUGCACGGACCCGUUUGGAACGCCCCGCUCCAGACUUUUAUAGAGCAAAAGUCCUUGGUCUUCGAUCCCAAUCUCCAGUUGGAUGAGAACAAUCCUGAUAUACUCCAGAUUCACGAGGAAUACAAGAAUCUGGUGGACUAUAUGCUGGGUAGUUUCAUGGAGGAGAUGCAGAUAUCGCCGGAGCAGUUCGAAAUGGCUUGUUUGGAGGGUCGACAGCAGGGCCAGGGUGAGAACCCCUUCCAGUUCCACCAGGUGCUGUUCCAGCAGAUUUGGGCCGCGAACGACCUUAAGAUAUUCAUUCGCAUGAUGACGCAACGCAAUGUAGAACUUCAGCUGCAGGCCCUCGAUCUCAUCGAGAAAAAUCAAUUAGCUCAAAGUACCGCCGAAGAGGGGGAUGACCACAGUGCGGACGCCUGCUCGGAUCCAGGUGACACCGCCUCCGAGGUGGAACAAAUGAUUGCAAAGACGGUGUCCGAUGAGCUGGAGAGUCCGGAGGCAGCCCUUACCCCAGAUCAGGAUGCCAACCUGGAUCUGGUUAACGACAAGUUUCAGCGCCUGAAUCUGUUCUUCGAGCAGGAGGACCAUGUGGAUCCCAGUGAUGUCGUGUCGCGACAGGAAUAUCUGCGUCAACAACGCGACAAGAUUGUGGAGAUUAAGAAGCAGACGCGGGCCAAGCAAUUGCAAGAGACCAUGUCCCGGGGAACACCCCAUGCGCCAGAGGGAGCACGUCCCAGUUCCGCAUUGGUGGCCCAGCAGCUCCUGGAGAACGGCGGUCGGACCAAGGAGCUCUCGAUGCCAGCUCCUCUAGAAGCCGAGGAGAAUGCAGCUCUGCAACUCAGACGCAAUCUUGCCAAGCGCUUGCGCAGCGAAGUGGUGGAACAAAAGUGAAUGCAAAGGACGCUCUAU